AGGUGAAGGAGGUUAGUGGUGCUGCUGCUGCCCGGUGGUCUCGUUCGAAGCGGCUAAUUUAAUUAUAUUGUUGUACGUUUUCACUGUAUAUAGUUAUAUUGUCCUGAGUUGCUAAAUGAUCUGGAGUUCAAUGUAAAGUUCUCUCCCAAAGUCCUGACUAUGUAGCUGCCCAUGGCGUCCUGGAACGGAUCAUCAGCGGAGGCCUUCCCUUUUUUGAGAUCAGCGGAGGCCUUCCCUACUUUGAGACCGCGUCGCAUCCAGAACCAGAACGUGGUCCACCGCCUGGAGCGGCGCCGCAUCUGCUCGGGCCGCCCCGGGGCUCACUGGUACCGCGUGCGCUGCUUCCACCAGAAUCUCUUCCCCAACUUCACGGUGGUGAACGUGGAGAAGCCGCCCUGCUUCCUUCGCAAGUUCUCUCCUGAUGGCCGCUACUUCAUCGCCUUCUCCUCAGACCAGACGUCUCUGGAGAUCUACGAGUAUCAGGGCUGCCAGGCUGCAGAGGACCUCCUCCAGGGCAUGGAAGGCGAGACCUUGGCCAACGGCAACGACCAGCGCUCGCUUAACAUCCGUGGCCGGCUGUUUGAGCGCUUCUUCUCCCUGCUGCAUGUCACCAGCGUGGCGUCCAACGGUGAGCAUCUGAACCGAGAGUGCAGCCUGUUCACAGACGACUGCCGCUACGUGAUCGUGGGCUCUGCUGCCUACCUGCCUGAGGAGCCCCACCCGCACUUCUUCGAGGUGUACCGCAACAACGAGUCCGUGACGCCCAACCCCCGCUCACCUCUGGAGGACUACUCCCUCCACGUCAUCGACCUGCACACGGGCCGUCUGUGCGACACACGCAACUUUAAGUGUGACAAGAUCAUCCUGUCUCACAACCAGGGCCUGUACCUGUACAGGAACAUCCUAGCAGUGCUGUCAGUGCAGCAGCAGACCAUCCACGUGUUUCAGGUGACCAUGGAGGGCACAUUCCUGGACGUUCGGACCAUUGGCCGCUUCUGCUACGAGGAUGACCUGCUCACUCUGUCGGCCGUGUUCUCAGAGGCGCAAGUAGAAGGCCAGCCCGGGUUGUCGCGGCUCUAUAAGGAGAAGAGCAUCAACUCUCUGAAGCACAGGCUGCUGGUGUACCUGUGGCGGCGCGCCGAGCAGGACGGCAGCGCCACGGCCAAGCGACGCUUCUUCCAGUUUUUCGACCAGCUGCGGCAGCUGCGUAUGUGGAAAAUUCAGCUGCUGGACGAGCACCACCUGCUCAUCAAGUACACCAGCGAGGAUGUGGUCACCUUGCGUGUCACCGACCCCUCGCAGCCCUCGUUCUUUGUCGUGUAUAACAUGGUCUCCACAGAGGUGAUUGCAGUAUUUGAGAAUACGUCAGACAAGCUGCUGGAGCUUUUUGAGCACUUCUGUGACCUGUUCCGCAAUGCCACGCUCCACAGCGAGGCUGUGCAGUUCCCCUGCUCCGCCUCCAGCAACAACUUUGCCCGGCAGGUUCAGCGCAGGUUCAAGGACACUAUAGUGAACGCUAAGUACGGGGGCCACACCGAGGCGGUGCGCCGCCUCCUGGGUCAGCUGCCUAUCAGUGCUCAGUCCUAUAGCAGCAGCCCCUACCUCGACCUGUCGCUCUUCAGCUACGACGACAAGUGGGUGUCUGUCAUGGAGCGGCCCAAGACCUGCGGGGACCACCCCAUACGGUUCUAUGCGCGUGAUUCUGGACUCCUGAAGUUUAAGAUACAGGCGGGUCUUCUGGGCCGGCCCGUGAACCACGCUGUGCGGAGGUUGGUGGCGUUUACGUUUCACCCCUCAGAACCUUUCGCCAUCUCAGUGCAGCGCACCAACGCAGAGUAUGUUGUCAACUUCCACAUGCGUCACGGAUGUGUGUGAGCGUCUCUGGAAGCACUGUGUGUGCGAGCUCCUCGGCGUGUGUGUAAAUCUUUGUUUUUAACAUUCCUCAAACCUUUUUUCUUUAUGAAAGGAACAGAUUGACUCUCAUUUUUAUGUAACUGAAGAUGACUGGUUUUUGAAGCACUAUGGUAAGAACCAGUAAUGUCAAUGUAGGAUUUCAUUAAACAUUAUUUUUUUAUAUAUACAUAUUAAAACACUAUUUAUUGUAAAUACAAAAUCACAGUAUUUUUCCACUACAGUGUUUAUAGUGUUUUAUGGUAAAUAAAAACUAUUUGAGACAUUUAAA